ACUAAAUAACAAAUCCUAAAUCAAAUUUAUCAAGAAUUCCUUUCGAUCAAGCUUUAAAUUUAUUGUCAUUUCGUGGAAUCUGCUCGCUCAAAUUUCAACUUUAUGUCUGGCGAUACAUCGUGCUAACCUAUUCCUUUUUGAAUAAAGAGUAAAAUUUCCUUCGAGAUCAAUGGUGAAGGAGACAGAAUAUUACGAUGUGCUGGGUGUGAACCCCACCGCCACUGAGGCUGAAAUUAAAAAAGCUUAUUAUGUUAAGGCAAGGCAGGUUCAUCCAGAUAAAAACCCGAAUGAUCCUUUAGCUGCACAAAAAUUUCAAAUUUUGGGGGAGGCUUACCAAGUACUUAGUGAUCCAACACAAAGACAAGCUUAUGAUUCUUAUGGGAAGUCGGGAAUUUCAAAAGAAUCAAUUAUUGAUCCUGCGGCAAUUUUUGCCAUGCUUUUUGGAAGUGAGCUUUUUGAAGAAUACAUUGGACAACUUGCCAUGGCAUCUUUCGCUUCCUUGGAUGUGUUUGCAGAAGGUGAACAGUUCGAUGCUAAAAAGUUGCAAGAAAAGUUACAGACUGUCCAGAGAGAGAGGGAAGAAAGGCUGGCAGGUGUACUCAGAGAUCGACUCAACCUAUAUGUCCAAGGAAAUAAGGAAGAAUUUGUUAGUCAUGCUGAAGCCGAGGUGUCAAGGCUUUCUAAAGCUGCUUAUGGUGUAGAUAUGCUAAGUACCAUUGGCUACAUUUACGCAAGGCAGGCAGCAAAAGAGCUUGGGAAGAAGGUGAUCUACUUAGGUGUGCCUUUUGUUGCUGAGUGGUUUAGGAAUAAAGGACACUUUAUCAAAUCCCAAGUAACUGCUGCAACAGGUGCACUUGCUUUGAUUCAGUUGCAAGAAGAUAUGAAAAGACAACUCAGUGCGGAAGGAACUUACACAGAGGCAGAACUUGAGGAAUACAUGCAAUCACACAAAAAGUUAAUGAUUGAUUCCCUAUGGAAGCUCAACGUGGCUGAUAUUGAAGCCACACUCACCCAUGUUUGUCAUAUGGUCUUACAAGAUAACAAUGCAAAGAAAGAAGAGCUUCGCCUGCGUGCAAGAGGUUUGAAGACCCUCGGCAAAAUAUUCCAAAGCAUGAAAUCCAAUGGAAAUGAUGUUGAAAAUAUGCCAACUGAUCCCCUCCUUAGAUUGAGUGGAAGUGAAGCGACCAAUAAUAUUUCUCCUUCAAACACGUCAGAAAGAUUUUCAAACAAGGAAGAGGCUAAUAAUGCAUUUGCAUCACAGAGCCCAUAUGUAGAGGCUCCUCAAAUUGCUGGAUCUCAAUUGAAUAAUUUUCCAAUGCCAACUGCACCACCUGGUGCUCAGAAACAACCAUAAGCAUUGCAUAUUUGACAUUUGAGCAUAUUUAAAGUGUGGAAGUUAGUAAGUAUUUUGUUCGUCAAGUAAUGAAGUAGUAUAUCAUUUCUUGAUUGUGGUUGUUUCGUAUAUAGAUAAUGUAGAAUUUUAUUCUACCCAUUCCGAGUCGGUAACCUUAUGUAUUUGUCCAAGUGAGAGAUAAACAUUUAUAAUCU